UAUAGAAAUGUUUAUCUAGCACAUAUUGCGACUCAUAAAAUACACUGAGAUAGAGACCGUUAACGCGUAUAUAAGAAAGCAUAAAAUAAACCGAAAUUAUCAGUUUGAAACGACAAGUUAAAGAAGAAAAAAUCUUUUAAACGACAUGAAAUUAUUUUUUCUUGUUUUAGUUUUAAUAGUUAUCGUGGCUAAUGGAUACGUGAGUAACUCCGACGAACAAAAAGCGAAAAUUAAAGAGAUUACGAGGCGUUGUAUAGAACAAACGGGAGUCGAUCCAAAUGUGCUCCUUCAAACGAAGAGAGGCGUAUUCACGGAAGAUCCAAAAUUAAAAAGCUUUUUAUUUUGUUCGUUCACCAACAGUGGGAUUCAAGAUUCGAAAGGUGCGAUUCAAGAAGAUGUUGUUAAAUCGAUAUACCGAGCGGAACCUAGAGCUAUUCAGGCUUUUCAACCUUGUUUUGGAAAAACUGGAGAAGAUGGAUUAAUCAUAGCUUAUGAAACGUUUAAAUGUUUUAGAACGAAUUUACCUGAAGAUUUAAAAUUAAUGCUUUAAUUAUCUUUUUAU